AUGCCCAAUAAAAGCGUUGACACUAUUCUUUUUGAUCCAGAGAGAAGUAAGGAGCUAGACUGGAGAAAGAGAUUAAAGAUAAUAAGUGGGAUUGCUCGAGGAUUACAAUAUCUUCAUGAGGAUUCGCAGCUGAGAAUAAUCCACAGGGACCUCAAAACGAGCAAUGUUCUGUUAGACUCCGAUUACACUCCUAAGAUUUCAGACUUCGGCUUGGCAAGGCUAUUUGGAGUAGAUCAAACAAGGGAGGUGACAAACCGAGUUGUUGGGACGUAUGGAUACAUGGCCCCGGAAUAUGCGGUGCGUGGCCAGUUUUCUGUAAAAUCGGACGUGUUUAGCUUUGGCGUUUUGAUGUUAGAGGUGGUGACAGGAAGACGAAGCAGUUGCUCCUGGAACUUCGACGAGUCUGUCAAUCUCUUAAGUCUGGUAUGGGAACACUGGACCAUGGGUACAACUGCAGAGAUCAUAGACUCAUCUCUGAGAGGCCAUGCCCCAAGAAACCAGGUGGUGAAGCUUUUUCACAUCGGCCUGCUCUGUGUCCAAGAUAACCCAGCAGAUAGGCCUACGAUGUCCACAGUAAAUUUCAUGCUUAGCAGUAACACUGUGUCUCUCCGGUCUCCAUCCAAGCCAUCAUUUCUCAUGUGCAUGAGCCCUACUUCUUCCGAGUCGACCGAUAUGCCAGGUAUGGCAUCACCAAAUGAAGUUUCAAUCACGGAGCUUGAACCAAGAUGA